AUGGAAUCGUUGUGUAGGAACUCGACACACAGCUCGGAAGUGUCCAAGGGCCUCGGCCGUAUGUUCUACCUCGUUAACCCUCAAGACACCGUUUUUGAGACGCAGAAGGAAGUGCCAAAUUUUUACGUUCAAUCAUGGCCAUAUUUCUUCACAUUCCUGAUACUAGAGCAUAUAAUCUUGAAACUGCAAGGAAAGAAGGGGAUUCGGCUGAACGAUGGAAUAACAAGUAUAUCAAACGGAUUAUUACUUGAAACUGGAAGACUAUUAUGGCGUGGUGGAGAAGCUUACUUAUAUACCUGGAUAUAUACUAACUGGCGGCUAUUAGAGUUACCAUGGGACAGUACGGUCACAUGGCUCCUGGCGGCAGUAGGAGUCGACUUCUUCUACUACUGGAUGCAUAGAGCUUGUCAUGAGGUCCACGUACUUUGGGCACAUCAUCAAGUGCACCACACUUCUGAAGACUUCAACAUGGGCGUCGGUAUUCGACAGUCCGUCCUUCAAGGCUGGUGUGGAUUUAUAUUCUACCUCCCGUUGGCUCUGGCGAUUCCUCCGGCGCAGUUUUUGGUCCACCACCAGUUCAGCUACCUCUACAUGUUCUGGAUUCACACGGAGACCAUCAAAAGCCUCGGCCCUCUAGAGUACAUCCUGAACACUCCCAGUCACCACAGGAUUCAUCACGGGAGCAACCCGUACUGCAUCGACGUGAACUAUGGCGGAGUCCUGAUCCUCUGGGAUAAGCUAUUUGGCACCUUCAGGGCAGAGCAGGAGGAGGACCGCAUUGUCUAUGGCCUCAUCUAUCAACAGCCUUCCUUCAACCCUCUGCAUUUGCAGACCUACUACACGCGGUACGUGAUGCAAAAAUAUAAAAGCUUCGACAGCUGGAAGCACAAACUUCAAGCUGUACUCGACAGGCCUAGUUGGAAACCGGGCAACACCAUCAGAUUCCGGGAUAUGGAGGAAGAUCCGGCCAUACACGCACAAGUCAAGUACAAUGUGAUCCUUCCGAAGUGGUGCACCGCUUACCUGCUCACUCACUACGGGCUGAUACUGUAUGGAUUCCAUCAGCUCUUCUUGUACAACUCUGAAUUGCCGACAACAACAGUGGCCAUUCUAGUAUUAUACAUAUUUGCCUCGCUCAUUAUAUUCGGGAUGAUUUUAGACGCUUCGCCAAAAGCUCCGUUCUACGAAGCUUUGCGGUGUCUCAGCUUAGUACUAGUUGUGAAGCUGGUGGUUCCUUUGUCGUCGUCUCUAGAACUGCUGUAUGUGCUUUCGGGAGUUUUCUGGUUAUCGUACGUUGGAGCUUAUAGCGAGAUAAAGGGCUUAAAGCUCGAUUAA